AUGCCACUCUCAAAUGAUCAAGAAAUAGGUGAUGCAGACCUAGUUAAACACUUCGGUUUGCAUUGUUUCUGGAUAGAAAAUUCGUCGUUCCAGUCACUCGUGCAUAUACCUGAGGAGCACCCACACCACAAUGCGAUCAAGAAUCCACCAAGAGAGGGAGAACAAGAAGUCUCCAAUUCCAAGACAGAGCUCUGGCAAAAAGAAUCAUGCAUAUGCCUCCAAGCACAUGAGCAUCAGAAUAAAGAGCCUGCCGCCAGUACUGACACACCUUGCGCAAGCACACUCCAAAGUGCGCUCCGAAAGACAAUUGUCGUUUUUAUGUACACGAUGCUUGGAUGUAUCUGUGACGCUAUCCUGCGGUUUUGUAUGGGGUUGUGGAUAUGGAGGGCCUUUAUCAUUUCCUUACCAUUUUCUUACACGCCAACCCCAGUAUUAUUCGAACACACCUCUGUUGCGACACAGGGUAGCCUUCACCUCUCCCUGCCCCACACUGUCCCUACAACCACUGACUUGCAUUCCGCCAUGCCACCAGUGGACUUCUUACUAGCAUGUCAAAAAUCAUUGGAAGAACGCGUCGAGUAUUUGGAAAUCAAUCUCCAUGAGUCUCGUGACUUAAUCGUCGCAAUGGACUGCGCACAUCCUCAGUGCGAUUUUGCACUCAGAGGUGCUGGAGCAGAGAUAAUCAAACAGCUCACAUCCACCAAUCAGCUACCUGCUAAAACACUCCCAUCCUGGUUCUCAGAGGUCCUACUAGGGUGGGACUUGUCCUAUCCAUCCGCCAAUCUUCCCACUGUGGUCAUCGAUGGAGAUCUAGCUGUUGGCAACUGCUGGUCCUUUUUGGGAUAG